AAUAUUUGUUUAGUAAAGUAUUCGAUCAUGUAUCGGUAAAUCGUGUAGUCAAUAGAAUUGCGAAAUUUGAUACAUUCGUGAACUCGAUUGUUUAUGUUUUGUCAUAUUAAUAAGUGAUUUCCCUUCGCCUCUGUUUUCACAAAAGCGAAAAAAUAUCUGACUUAUGAUCUUGUUGUGAUUAAAAAUAGUUUUUUUUUUUGGUUGUACCCACAUUGAAUGCAAUUGAUUUUAGCAUAUUGAUAAGUUUUUAGUCAACACAAUCGUGUAGUGUAACAACUCGACAAAAAAAAUCGUGUACCAAAACGUGUAAAUAUCGUUCGUGAUACGGACGGAAUUUUUAUUUUAAUUAGUUUUUACGUAAAGUUAUGUCGAAUGUAUCCAGUGAUGACGACCAAAGAAACCAACCAAAUUUGCCGAACCAGAGAUUUGAAGCGGAAGAUGGAAGCAAUGGCAUAUCGAAAGGACCCAAAUUCGGCAUUCGUCACUUGCAAGUGUUUCUACUGUUUUCAUGCCUAUUCAUUGCCUAUGCUCUUCGAGUAAAUUUAUCGAUCGGCAUUGUUGCAAUGACCGAUAACUCCACCAAUCCAGACUUUGUGCAAUAUGACUGGUCCGAAUCGAAACGUGGAUUGAUUUUGAGCAGUUUCUUUUGGGGAUAUGUCAUUUCGCAGGUACCGGCUGGUCUCUUGGCUCAACGUUACGGACCAAAAAUCUUCCUUCUUUCGACAGCACUCAUAUGCUCUCUAUUAACGAUUUUAACGCCGGUGGCAGCGUCUCUUGGCUGGAAAGUGUUGUGCGCAUUACGUGUACUACAAGGACUUUCCCAAGGGUUUGUCUUUCCAUCAGUACACACUAGCUUAGCAAAAUGGGUUCAUCCUUCAGAACGUGGACUCUUGGGCACAUUUACGUAUUCUGGCACACAGAUCGGAACUGUGCUUAUGUUGGCUGUGAGUGGUGUGAUUGCUGCAUCGUCAUUGGGUUGGCCAGGAAUAUUUUACAUAUCUGGUGCCCUGGGCGUUGUGUGGAGCAUUGCAUUUUACAUAUUUGGAAGUAAUUCGCCAUCGGAUUAUGCAUCGAUUACGAAAGAUGAGCGCGAGUACAUUGAGUCGAUGCCGGGUUCAUCGAAUGAUAGAAAGAAAGUCAUUCCGUGGAGGGAAAUAUUUAAAUCGAAACCGUUUUGGGCGCUACUAAUCAGCCAUUGUGCACAGAACUGGGGUUUCUGGACGUUGCUGACACAAAUACCGUCCUACAUGAAGCAUACCUUGAAUUUCGACAUAAAAUCGAAUGCUUUGCUGUCGGCCUUACCGUAUCUCUUUAUGUGGAUUCUGAGUUUAGCGUGCAGUGAAAUAUCGGAUUAUAUAAUGAGACGAGGAUAUGUGUCCGUUGGAGUCGGUCGGAAAAUAUUCAACUCGAUUGGACUUUGGACGCCAGCCGUUUUAUUAAUUGCACUCGGUUAUGUGUCCAAGGAAAAUCCAUCUCUGGCCGUCGUAUUACUAACUACAGCUAUUGCAGUCAAUUCAGCAUCGUUCGUUGGCUACCUAAUAAAUCACAUGGACUUAUCGCCGAACUUUGCCGGAACUCUGAUGGGUCUUACCAAUGCUGCGGCGAAUGUUUUUUCCAUUUUAGGUCCAAUGUUUGUCGGAUUUGUCGUUACUGAUGCGAAAGAUCCGAUGUUGUGGAGAAUUUGUUUCUUUGUGGCAGCAGGAGUGUUCUUCUUCGGUAACCUUAUCUUCAUCAUAUUCGGCAAAGGUAGCAUUCAGCCAUGGAAUAACAUACAUAAAGCAAAUGCAUCCGACAACUCUGACAAAUGUCAAAUGUAUUGUAAUGCCACUAGCCGUCGUUCACAUUUUAAUGCUGACGAAACGCGUGAACUAUUAGAAGUUGAUGAGGACGGGAAUGAGGAUCACUAACAUUUCUUUUAAUUGGCAUGGAGUAUUUUUUUCAAAAUUACUGACCUCCCUAUCCAUACUCUAUGGUUCCAUGGGCAUCCAGCACCAAUACCGUUGAUACAAUGGACAUUGCAGAUUUUGAAAAAUCCAGAUGAAAACAGGAAAUGUAAGCACUGUUGUCGACUGUCUCCGUAUUAUCUCUAUCUUUUGUAAAUAUUUUAACAUUUCUGUUGUUGUACAUGACAUUUAUCUGAAUAAACAAAUAUACCAGAA